AUGCAAGAGAUUUGCAACACCGCUGCCUUGCCGCUCGACACUAACCCCCUGGUGCGCAAGAUAAAAUGCGAAGAGUUCCCAGCGAUAAGAGGGAAACAACACACGAGAGUUGGUAUGGGGGUUCGCGAUGAGAUGGAAGAGGAGUUUGCCGUGAAGACGAGGAACACGCCACCGAUGGGACCGGCGCCAGGACAAGAGCACCCGCGCAUGGAGCACGGAGGCAACGGCUUCUGGCUCGCAGCGGUUACCACCGCAGGUGCACCACACCCUAUGCUUGAAACGUGCACUGAAACCGGCUUCAUAAACAGUCAACCUUCAAUGGCAGAGUUCAUGACUGCCUUACCGCAGUUAGGUGGAGGUGAACUUAGUCCCCAACACACGCCUCCUGGAUAUGCGCCUGAUUUACCGUCACCUGGUGGUGGACUCAACGUUCCAGAGUACCCCUGGAUGAAAGAGAAAAAAACUACAAGAAAGAGCAGUCAACAAGGUACGUUUUAUUCUAAACUAAAAAAGUCUUGCAGAGUAAUAUGCAAGUGGUUCCUAAUAUAUCUUAUGAAAGCUCAUUAG